AUGGAGGACUUCCCGGUGUCUCAGCGAGAAGAUGGUGAAUUAGAAGAUGGUGAAAUAGAUGAUGCAGGAUUUGAAGAAACACAGGAACAGGAAGCAAAAGAGGAUGAAAAGCAGAAAAAUCAGAAAGCCUACCGAAAAUCAAGGAAAAAACACAAGAAAGAAAAAGAGAGGAAAAAGUCCAAAAGGAGAAAACGUGAGAAGCAUAAGCAUAAUUCUCCAUCCAGUGAUGAUAGCUCAGACUAUAGCCUUGAUUCAGAGGUCGAACAUACAGAAACUUCCCACAGAAAAAGAUCUGGUUUCUACAGAGAUUAUGACAUUCCAUUUUCUCAGGGUCUCCUGUACUAUUAUUUCAUGUUCAUAAUGAUAGCCUGUAUUACGGAAACCAAAUCUGCCCCCACAGACAUUCUAGCAGGAGGGCUUUUAAAAAUACUUGCUAGAUCCUUGCUGCAUGGACAUAUAUCAGGAAGCUACAUGGCAUCAAAGAAGAGUCAACAUAACAGAAAAUUUAAAAGUAAAGAAUAUGAUGAGUACAUCACCUACAGUGAUGACAACUUUGGUAGCUACAGUCAGGAAACAGAGGAAGAUUUUGCCAGUCAGCUGAAACAAUACAGGCAAGCUAAAGAAACCUCGAAUACUUCUUUAGGAUCAUCUUUUUCUAAAGAACCAGGGAAAAAACAAAGAUUGAAAGGAAUUCAGCAAGGUACUGAGCAGAGGGUUAAAAGUUUUAAUGUUGCUCGUGGAAGAGGUUUGCUGAAAAAAAUCAAACGCAAAGACCGUGGCGGAAGGGUCAACAAAGGGCCAAAUGUGUUUUCAGGAACUGAUGACUAUCAUGAGUAUAGUAAACCAGGGAAAAAAUGGAAGAUUAUGACUCAGGAAUUUAUUAAUCAACAUACAGUGGAACAUAAAGGAAAACAAAUCUGUAAAUACUUUCUGGAAGGGAGAUGUAUUAAGGGAGAUCAAUGUAAAUUUGAUCAUGAUGCAGAGUUGGAGAAGAGGAAAGAGAUCUGCAAAUUUUAUUUACAAGGAUAUUGUACCAAAGGAGAGAACUGCAUUUAUAUGCAUAAUGAAUUUCCAUGUAAGUUCUAUCAUAGUGGAGCAAAAUGUUACCAAGGAGACAACUGUAAAUUUUCACAUGAUGAUCUGACUAAAGAAACAAAGAAACUUUUGGACAAAGUGUUGAAUACUGAAGAAGCUGCAAAUGAAGAUGAAAGAGAAUUAGAAGAACUUAGAAAGCAUGGCAUAACUCCUCUUCCCAAACCACCUCCAGGAGUUGGACUUCUGCCAACCCCACUGGAGCAUUUUCCCUUUUCUGAUCCUGAAGAUGGUUUUCAGACAGAUCUCUCUGAUGAUUUCAAGAAGAUUCCAUCUCUUUUUGAAAUAGUUGUAAAACCUACUGUGGAUUUAGCACAUAAAAUUGGAAAGAAGCCACCAGCAUUUUAUAACAGUGCCUCACCACCAGGACCACAAUUUCAGGAAAGCAGCCCACAUCCUCAACAUGUCUAUAGUUCGGGGUCAAGUCCAGGUCCUGGCCCUAACAUGUCUCAGGGACACAACAGUCCUGUGAUCCACCCAGGCUCCCCCGGACACUGUCCUGGCUUACCAGUGCCACAGAGCCCACCUUUGCUGCCUGGCCCCCCAGGAAUUGUGGGCCCUCAUGGUCAAGCUGGAGUACUUGGUCAACCAGAUACGCCUUUGACACCACCAAAUAUGAGUGGUUCUUACCACUGCCCGGGCUUUCCAGAACAUGUAAUGAAAGUACCUAGAGAGAAUCAUUGCUCUCCAGGCUCAUCGCACCCACCUGGUGAAAGGCAGCUCAGUACCAGCUAUGAUUCCUUACAAAAUCCCGCUGAGUUUUAUGAUCAUUACUAUUCACAGCAUGCUGUCCAUAAUUUUCAGCCACCCAGUCACUCUGGUGAUGGGGUGUGGCACGGUGACUUUGCCCAGCACCAGGCUCCAGUUGUUCCAGACUCACCUAACCGUGGGAGUGGGUCCGACAGCAGCAGUAGUGUGGCAGGCCAGGGCCCCCUGCCUGCACUGGGUCUCCUCCCUGCUGUCCAGAGAGCUCUUUUUGUCAGACUUACUCAGAAAUACCAAGAAGAUGAAGAACCAAGCAGCACCCAGCCUCAGAGGACACCAAGCAAGGAAGAAGAUGAAACUGUUAACUGGUACUCCAGUAGUGAAGAGGAAGAAGGGAGCAGCGUCAAGUCAAUACUGAGAACGUUACAGAAACAAACAGAGACUUUUAGGAGUCAGCAGCAGCCUUCCACAGAACUCAGCACUCCUACUGACCCGAGACUUGCUAGAGAGAAGAAUAAAGGAAACCAAGUUGUCGACCCUAGACUUAGGACUAUCUCAAGGCAAGACAUUAAAAAAUCUUCUGAGUCUGCCCCACUGGAUCUCAGACUUGCAUGGGAUCCCAGGAAAUUAAGAGGGAGUGGAAGCGGCCAUGGCAGUUCUGCUGCUGCUGGAGCCAAGUUUGAUUCACAUCAUGGCAACACCGGCCCUAGCAUCAGACACAAAAGAGGAGAUGAUGAUGAUGAAGAUACAGAAAGAGAGCUGAGAGAAAAGGCUUUCUUAAUACCUCUGGAUUCUUCCCCUGGUGUGAUGCUGCAGGACCCAAGGUCACAACUGAGACAGUUUAGUCACAUUAAAAUGGAUAUUACCCUAACCAAACCCAACUUUGCCAAACACAUUGUGUGGGCUCCAGAAGACUUACUACCAGUUCCUUUACCUAAACCUGAUCCAGUCUCUUCAAUCAAUUUACCUCUGCCCCCUCUUAUAGCUGACCAGAGGCUCAGUAGGUUAUGGAGUACAAAAAGUGAUCUUCGUCAAAACACAGUGCCCACUGAUACAAAACUAGCAGCCAAAGCCAAAAUUAACACAGCAAACAGAGAAGGCUACCCAGACCAAUUUGGAGACUCACAUAGUUCUGGAAGUAAAUUAGGAGAUCCUAGGCUGCAAAAAAAUUUUGAUCCUAGACUUCACAGACUGCACAACACAGAGCCUCAUCAAGCAGUUAUGAAGGACCCCCAUAUGUCUAAGACUGCCCCUCCUUUAGGGACCAGGCCAAACCUGGGGUCAUCACAGCCCUCAGGGGCAGUACCUAGCAGUUCUGGUCCUGGGGCUUUACCUCCAUAUGCCCCCAAACUCUCAUCUUCAACUGGCCUUCCCCUGGGAACUCCAGGUUCAGUCCUUAGCGGUAUUAGUUUGUAUGACCCCAGGGAGCAAGGUUCACCCUCUACAUCAGAGCUAGCAGCAGAAAAUGCAGAGAACCAGAAAAAAAGCGGGAGUUUAAAAUGUAGUGACAAAAAUGAGCCUCUUCCUGGAGAAGCAAUCCUACCACAGAAAAUGGCUCCAAAUGUGGAUGUCCCUGUUGACCGCCCAGCUGACCCACAGACGGAUGUUUGCCGGAGUUCCGGUACCGUUCAAGUCCCAGCAGUGCACAGCCUUCCAAUUCAGGCAUUAACAGGCCUAAUCAGACCCCAGUACAGCGAUCCCAGGCAGUCAAAACAUCUGGGACAGGUGAGCCCCACCCCCGGUGAUGAUCCCAGCAAAGAAACAGAUGACAAAUCUCUGAAGGAGGUUUUUAAAACUUUUGACCCAACAGCUUCACCAUUUUGUUAG